AUGAAUAUUCCAAAAUCUAAUAGAACAAAAAAACCCACAAAAUCUCAAAACUCAUCACAACCCCAAAAUAAUCCAAAUCUUCAACCUUACUAUUCUAACGUUCCAAUUGAUCUUAACUCAGAUUUAGAUACAAAUUUUCAACAAUUUUCGAAUUAUGGUUCACAAAAUCUCAAUUUCUCAAAUCCAAGUACUUUUACUCCUUUCCCUUUUCAACCACCACAAAAUCCUAAUUAUUCAUAUUCUCAAAAUGUUAUCCCAUCUUUUGAGAAUAUUCAAAUCUCUCAAGGUGAUCCAACAUUUCCUAUGUCCCAAUUUCCUAUGUCACAAGGUGAUGAUAGUGUACUUCUGAGUUUCAAUUGCUCAUACACUUCGGCUGGAUCAGAUGAUGACAAUGAACCAGAAGUUGAAGUCAAUGAAAGAGGUCAUGAAGAAGGCAAUCAAGAUGGAAAAACAAAGUUUUGGUCAAAAGCUGAAGAAGUGGUUCUUGUGAAGGCUUGGCUUGAGGUUAGUCAAAAUAAAAAAACUAACACUAACCAAAAAGGGGAUGUUUUUUGGAGGAAAAUUGAGGAAAUGUAUAAUAAUGUUAGAUUAUACAAACAAAGGUGUUUCGAAGAAGGUACUGACGGGGUAACACGAGAAGAUUUGUUGAAAAUGAGGGGUUCGGAGCAACUUAGAAACCGUUGGAGAAGGAUCAAUGCUUCAUGUUCUAAAUUUUGUGGUUCACAUGCUCAUGCUGAAUCAAGAAGGGGAAGUGAGAACAAUGAUGAAGAUGUUAUGAAGGCAGCAUAUAGUAUAUAUGCUGCUGACAAAACAAAGACAUCAUUGAUGUCUAAAACCUUUCAAGAUAAGCAUAUUUGGGACAUUUUGAUACAACAUGAUGCAUGGAAACCAAGUGAAGAUAUUGUUCAAAAAUGCAAGCAAAAAACAUCUACUCAAGGAAGUGACUCAAAGAGAUCACGUAUCAAUCAAACCCGGAAACCCCAACCAAUGGUGAUAUUGGGUAUUCAGGCUUGCCUUCCAGCAACGAAUCUAGCAAAAAUAAAGGAAAGAGCAAGAUGA